AUGGAGAAAUAUGAGGUGCUGGAGCAGCUCCAGCCUGGGGCGCUGGGCACUAUGCUGGUAGUUGGAUUGAAAACAGAAAAGGGUGCGAAAAAGAAAUACAUGAUCAAGCAGGUUGAAUGCACUGAAGAAAAGCAAGCAAAUGAGGCCCUGAAGGAGGCAAUGGAUUUGCUAAGACUUCAUCAUUCAAACAUCUGUUCUUACAAGGAACUGUUUGUGGCUUGGGAUAAUAAGGUAUCAUCUCUGUUCCUUUGUCUGGUAAUGCAGCACUCAGGCCAAGGAGAUCUUUCAUCUGUAAUCAAGGAAAAAAGGCAGAAGUCAGAAAAAAUAACAGACAUGGUGAUUCUGAAGUUCCUGGGACAGAUGGUGGAUGCUUUGUUUUAUAUACACAAACAAAGUAUUUUCCACAGAAAUAUCAAGCCAUCAAACAUACUUGUGACUGGUGAAGCAUCCUUCAUGCUUAGCGACUUCAGUACAGAAACUCUUAUGACAGAUGAGAUGAAAUGGAAAACAAGAGUGGAAGAAAAUAGCAAGUCUUGGAUGGCUCCAGAAACAUUUGUUUCUUCUUUUACUGAGAAGUCUGACAUCUGGUCUCUAGGUUGUAUUCUACUUGACAUGAUGACCUGCUUCGUCCUGAAUGCUAAAGAGAUAACUUCGUUACUGCAGGAUAUUAGACAGGAUACCAGCCGUCUUGAGGGAGUUCUGACACUGAUGCAAAAUGGAGAUAGCAGCUCUUUGCCUUUAUUUCCCAUUUUAUUGACGAUGCUACAGAUUCAGCCCAGCAUGAGACCCACAACAAAGGAUCUGACUGAUGUUCCAUUUAUUAUGGAAUGCCUGACCGUUGCUGGUGCCUCUUCAGUAAAACUGAAAAAGUCUUUGCCUUCCAAAAUAAUAGAUGUGCUCCUUCAGGGAGGAAUUGAAAGUGUUCUAGAAUUCAUGCAGGCUUUCUGGGAUAUAGAAGAAGCACAGGCUAAAUCCAUUCAGCGCCUGGCCAGCUUUGUAAGAGAUGAAGGUGCCAUACCCUAUCUGCUAACGUUCACAGAAGUGAUCGCUUUUGCCAUGAAGACUCAUGUAGAUUCUCUCAAGUUACAAGUAGAUGGUUGCAGUUUAUUACUCGAAAUUCUUAGCCAAG